AUGUCAAAAGCUUCGUCAUUUGUUCGCGAGUACAAGUUGGUCAUGGUCGGCGGCGGUGGUGUUGGCAAGUCGGCCCUGACGAUCCAGUUUAUCCAGUCGCAUUUUGUUGACGAGUACGAUCCUACUAUUGAAGAUUCAUAUCGUAAACAAUGUGUGAUCGACAAUGAAACUGCCUUGUUGGAUGUCUUGGAUACUGCUGGUCAAGAAGAAUACAGUGCUAUGCGAGAACAAUACAUGCGUAACGGUGAAGGUUUCUUACUCGUGUAUUCGAUCACAUCACGCAUGUCAUUUGACGAGAUCCUCACAUUCUAUCAACAAAUUUGCCGUGUCAAGGAUCGCGACCACUUUCCUAUGGUGCUCGUGGCCAACAAGUGUGAUUUGGAAGCGGAACGACAAGUAUCAAGCCAAGAAGGACGUGAUCUUGCGAGACGAUUUGGAUGUCAAUUCCUUGAAACAUCAGCCAAGCAGAGGAUCCGAGUAGACGAAUCGUUUUAUGAAGUUGUACGUGAAAUACGUCGAUUCAACAAGGAACAAGAAAUGCACGGUGGUGGUCAUGAUCAUUACAUGCAAGAUGCUCCCGAUGUUGCUACCGACAAGUGUUGCGUGCUCAUGUAA